AUGGAGAUGGAGCGCGUGACGGAGUUUCCACACUCUCACAUGGAUCGGAGGCCCAGGAAAAGGGCGCGUUUGGGUUGGGAUGUCAUGCCCACGGCUCUGGCGCCGGUUCCGGUACAAACCCUGGCGGAUAAUAAGGCUCAGCUAGGAUUGUUUUGUGGACAAGAGAUUGGAAAUGUGACAAGCUAUGCACCUUCAAGGACUACUUCAGACCACACUAGUUCCCUGUUUGUUAAGGGAGUGGCUCGAAAUGGUUCUCCCCCAUGGCGAGGAGAUGACAAAGAUGGACAUUAUUUAUUUGAGCUUGGAGAAAAUUUAACAUCACGCUAUAAAAUCCAUAGCAAGAUGGGUGAAGGAACUUUUGGUCAGGUUCUAGAAUGCUGGGAUCGGGAAAAGAAGGAGAUGGUUGCCAUCAAAAUUGUUCGUGGCAUUAAGAAAUAUCGAGAAGCUGCUAUGAUUGAAGUUGAAGUCCUUCAAGAACUUGGUAAACAUGAUAAAGGUGGCAAUCGUUGUGUGCAAUUACGGAACUGGUUUGACUAUCGUAACCAUAUCUGUAUUGUGUUUGAGAAGCUUGGACCAAGCUUAUACGAUUUUCUUCGGAAAAACAAUUACCGGUCAUUUCCCAUUGAUCUUGUCCGUGAGAUUGGCAGACAGUUGUUGGAAUGUGUAGCAUUUAUGCAUGAUCUGCACCUUAUCCACACUGAUUUAAAGCCUGAGAAUAUCCUGCUUGUGUCCCCGGAUUAUAUAAAGGUUCCAGACUACAGGGGUUCUCUGAAGUCACCAAAAGAUGCUUCCUACUACAAGAGAAUUCCGAAAUCGAGUGCUAUUAAAGUGAUUGAUUUUGGCAGCACGACUCAUGAUCGCCAGGAUCAGACCUAUGUAGUUUCAACCAGGCAUUAUCGAGCUCCUGAAGUCAUUUUAGGGUUGGGAUGGAGUUAUCCUUGUGAUAUAUGGAGCGUGGGAUGCAUUUUGGUUGAGCUGUGUUCGGGUGAAGCCCUGUUCCAAACUCAUGAGAAUUUGGAACACCUUGCAAUGAUGGAGAGAGUUCUUGGUUCCUUGCCUCAACACAUGCUGAAGAAAUCUGAUCGAAAUGCUGAAAAGUAUUUGAGAAGGGGUAGACUUGACUGGCCGGAGGGAGCAACCUCACGGGACAGUAUCAGAGCAGUUCUGAAGUUGCCUCGCCUUCAGAACCUAAUAAUGCAGCAUGUGGACCACUCUGCCGGAGAUCUGAUACAUCUUAUCCAGGGUCUGCUCAAGUAUGAUCCUCUAGACAGGCUAACAGCUCGUGAGGCCUUGAGACAUCCUUUCUUUUCCAGGGAUUCUGUUCGGAGAUCAUAA